AGGCUUAUUGCUGAAAAGUGCGCUUACGUAAGGACGGUGGACGUCUGCUGGACCCAGGUGAGAAGGCCCACCUGAGUCCUGGGAAUGCUGAAACCAUGGAUCACUGAUAUAUGCUUUGAGACAUGCUUUAGAUGCUUUUUUCAGGAAGCCCUGAAACUACCCUAAAAAUUGAAUGUAUUGUCGAACAGACCUAUGGUGAAGCGACUUCCAGUCAUUUGGAAAGGAUGGGAUGAAAAGGAACCUUGGUGAUAAUUUUGAUGUCUGCAAGAUUUAGUACCAGUGUAAUGGGAUUAUCGGUAACACCUUCACUGCAGAAAAAGCCACCUGGCGCUGUAACUGGCAGCGACUGAGAACUAAUCCUUUCCCAUCUCUUGGAUGUCAUUCAUAAAGCUGAAAGCGAUUUCUACCCUAACUGUGAUUAAUUUUAUAAACAACCAAAAAUCAGGCCAAUGCUGACAGAGUCUACAUAGAACUAUGCUCCGUGGUAUUCUGGGAAAAACCUUUCGACUUGUUGGCUAUACUAUCCAGUAUGGCUGUAUAGCUCAUUGUGCUUUUGAAUACGUUGGUGGUGUUGUCAUGUGUUCUGGACCAUCAAUGGAGCCUACAAUUCAAAAUUCAGAUAUUGUCUUUGCAGAAAAUCUUAGUCGACAUUUUCAUGGUAUCCAAAGAGGUGACAUUGUGAUUGCAAAAAGCCCGAGUGAUCCAAAAUCAAAUAUUUGUAAAAGAGUAAUUGGUUUGGAAGGAGACAAAAUGCUCACCAAAAGUCCAUCAGAAUUCUUUAAAAGCCAUAGUUAUGUUCCAACAGGUCAUGUUUGGUUAGAAGGUGAUAAUCUACAGAAUUCUACAGAUUCCAGGUACUAUGGGCCUAUUCCAUAUGGACUAAUAAGAGGACGAAUCUUCUUUAAGAUUUGGCCUCUGAGUGACUUUGGAUUUCUACGUGGCAGCCCUAACGGCCACAGAUCUUCUGAUGAGUAACACGCAUUUAGUCUUUUCAUUUGAUGACUGUCGUCUGUUCAAGUGAAUUUAUUAUUCACUGAAGCCAUGUAUUCACUAAUAAACUAUUUGCUAUUCA